AUGACAAAUAUCAAGAGUGCAAUGUCCCGCAAGACACUUGCCCCCAUACACACUAUUUACAAGCUUGCAAAACAAGCCUGCUUUCAUACUCUAAUCCCUCGCCACCUGCGGUUUUGCUGCCUGGUAGAACGCCGACCUCAUCGCUUGUUGAAUACUGUGCUGUACUCUCCGACGACUCCAAUGCUAUCGACGUGUCUUCUCAUUCUCUUCUGUGGGCACACGGUAGAAUUUGCGUUGGGCAAGCUUCAGCUUGCGCAUCCAUUAUAUCUCUUCCCUCCUUCCCCCACUACUACAUACAGCAACCCCACACUACUGCAAAACCGCCACACCGUCUUCAUUUACCUAUUCCUUCUCCACUCAGCGCACUCUCUUGUAUGCAUUGAUUCAAUCAAUCUCUGGUUCCUAGAAUUUUUACUAUCUUUAGUCUUCGACGCCUCAUCGAUGGUGACGCUAGUCACACACACUCUCUCUCUCAUGUCCGACAACGACGAUUCAGACCAUGAAUUCACAGUGGAGCAGUACUACGCUGAAGCUUCACGUGCACUAGCUUCUCUUGGGCUUCGCGAGCGCCGCCAACCAGAGAAUCCGCUGGACUCCAUGACCAUUGCCCGACUCCGACAAGAGGCAGAACAGAUCAAGAAAACGAUCGAUUCCCUGAAGUACCGGCUGGAUGUCAUCGAAGAGCAGCUUAAAACUGUGGUUUACCCUGUGGACACGCUCCCUCCGGAGAUUCUGUGCAAGAUCUUUGCUGCAGUCGUGUCGUCGGCGCCACGAACUGUCGAUGUUGCCCUGUUGCGGAUCACUGCGGUCUCUCAGCGGUGGCGCGCUGUGGCUAUCGCGGACCCCCAUUUGUGGACAAGGACCUGCUAUUUCAUUCGAUAUAGCAAAAACUGCGAUACUCUUCAUCAGCAUUUUCUCCAGCGCGCACAAGGCUUACCAAUCACGCUCUCAACUACCGGGUUUGACUUGGUUCCCGAUCGUCUUCCCCGCGGCGUCUUUGACUCUGCUUCACAGUGGAUUGAAGCACAUCUACAGGCCGGGUUUAAUGCCUUCGACCUAUACGAAGCCACAUUCCGUAGGGCUACCUCGCUACCAGUAUUCGUGCCCUUUGAUUUCGACUUCCCUCAAUUGACAAAACUUACACUUGACAUUCCAAAUAUCGAUAGGUUUAACAACAGUCGCAGUCAACGGAACGUUUUUCAAAGUGCUGUUCAUCUCCGCGAAUUGGCUGUCUCAAACAUUCUAUCGAUCUCGCAGUUCGCAAUCCCCACACAACGGCUGCGCAAGCUGACCGUUAAUGGUCCCGCACAAUACCUGGACGUCAUUUUGAUCCUUCCAGAACUGUUAAUGCUGGAAGAACUCUCUCUACUUACCCUUGUGCGCAAUCCCGAGUCGGACGCCGAGAUUAUUGGGGAACCCGAGUCGACCAUUACCAUGCCGUACUUGUCGACCUUGUUGUUGCUGGAAGAAAACAGUGCUUGUGUUCUACCACACCUGACGCUGCCAGCCCUGAAGACUCUUCAUCUAUCGUAUUUCACUUUUAAGGAUGUGAAGUCGUAUAUCCACCCCUGCCUCACUCGUUCCAACGCCAAUAUUCUAUCUCUGUUCAUCGUAUCGACCUGGAGCUACAAGGUCAUUCAAUCCCUUGUGUUUUCUCGCAAUUCCCCAGUGUUCCACUCAACCCAAGAGUUUGUCCUCCGUCUCUUUGACAUGGACGCCGAAAGCGGCAAACUCCUCGCAGCCGACUUUGCCCAACUUGCAUUCCUACCUAAUCUCGAGUCGUUGACACUUGUGGUACCCCAGCCAAGGGAAGGGAAAUCAACCUCAAUAAAAGCAUCCUCUCUGACGAUUGAGAUCGGUCCAUUCGUGGACGGCCUUGCCAUGCGUGUCGCCAACGCGCUGUCUGCAGGAGUGCGACACACAAUGAAGCUGAGCCGAUUCGUUGUUGACUGUGCAUCGUCGGCGAUCUCCGACAAGGACCUAGGCGACUUGAAGCACCUGCAGGACCAAUUGCAAGUCCCAGUCUUGAUGCCAAACGGACAUCCUUCGAGGAACACAUGGGAACGUAGGGAGCUCCGGGGCAAGGGUAUCGAUUGA